AUGGUGAAACCUAUAAGAUUUCCACCGUUAAAAUUCAAAGGUUUUCAUUCGGUGCCAACAUUGAUGAAAUUAUUAAAUAACGGUCACACGGUACAGUUGGAAUUAAAUUCAUCGAAUCGAUUACCGACCGUAUCAGGUGGUCCUUUAUCCGGUUCUUACGCAUUUUCUCAAUUACAUUUUCAUUGGGGGGAUAAUGAUUUAAUCGGUUCAGAAGAUUUAAUUAACAACAGAUCGUUUCCGAUGGAACUUCACAUGGUUUUUUAUAAAGAAGAAUAUGGUAGUAAAGAUAAUGCAACGAAUCACAAUGAUGGUUUAUCCGUGUACGAUUUUAAUAACACGGCUUAUUCGGACAUUGUCGAACAUUUGCAUUUGGUACGUGAACCGCACACAUCGAAAUUAAUAAAAAUUCCAUUGACUUUGGAUGAUUUACUACCCUCGAACAAACACCUUUACUACACGUACAACGGUUCUUUAACGACGCCGCCAUGUUACGAAGUUGUCACGUGGCUUACAUUCAAAGAACCUAUACCGUUAUCGCAUUUUCAGAUGAACGAAUUUAGAAAUUUAAAAUCACAAGAUGGCGAAUUGGUUGAUAAUUUUCGUCCGGUUCAACCCAUUGGAAAUCGUACAAUUUUUUUCAACGUCGGUGAAAGGCCCGUACAUUUUAAUCAAUACGAGGAUUAUACAAAUGGAAAACAAAAGAAUAUCGGUUCGAAUUAUAUACCGUCUCUAUUAUUAUUAUCAUUAUUAUUAUUAUUCGUUUCGUUUGUUAUCAACUAA